AUGAGUCUCAACGACAUCAGUCAAGCUGCACGGGGUGUUGCCACUAUGCGGCUUAGCUACGAACAGCUUCGGGACACAUUGAAACACUUCGAGUACUUCCGAUAUUGGACGGAAGAUCAGAUUCGUGAGUGUAGCAUCCUGGCACGUGUUGUACAGUACGCACCUCAUCAGACGAUUCCGCUCGAUCUGCAGCUCCCCUUUGCCUAUCUCGUGCUAAGCGGACAGUGUAUGAUCAUGCAGUGCCUAGAGCUGAGGACACAGCAGUCUUCGAGUCGUGCCGAGCUGCACCUUGCAUCGCUGGAAGAGGGCAUCGCAUCUCCCCGCCCAUCCUGUCCGGAUACAUUAGAUGCCGAGUCACAGCUGCAUCACAUCCAGAAUCUGCACGAUACGUUUAGUGCUGGGAAGGUUGGCGAGCCGGAAGGCAACACAGUUGAAUACGAUCCGGAUAAAGCAAUCUGCUUUUUAAAGACCCCAACACAGGCAGGGCCAGUGGUACAUCGCUUUCUGGAUGUUGGUACGCUGCGGUGUGGUGCAGUAUUUGGUUUGGGCGAACGUCACCAUCACCGGACCAUUGUAGCACGCACCAGAACGCAGUGUCUACUGAUACCGAGAUGUUGGUUGUUUUUGAAGCCGCAAAACAUUGGCAACACUUGGCAGCGGCUUUGCAUGUAUCUGGAUUGGACCGUGCCUGGGCGGGAUGAGCUGUUUCGUGGCUUUCUGCGCGAGAAAGCUUGGUUCGACUACCGGCGUGGGUUAAUUGGUGAGACGACAAAACGUCCCAGCGGUACGGUGUUGGCAGACGUACCCGUCAUGUGUCGAAUUCUACAGGCUACUGCACCGCGGAAGUUGAAGGAUGAGAGGAAUGGCUCGAAAAGGAGAUAA